CCAGCUUUCCUGGUCUGCUAAGUUGGGGGUCAUCAUGGGUCUCUCUUAUCCGUUUGGUUUCGCAACCGUGUCACUGCUGGUGAUCGGAGGCUAUAUGCUCUUUCAUGGAGAGGGCGAACAAUUCAAUGUUGGCCAAUUUCUCGAAUCCGUGUCUCCGUAUGUCUGGGCGAAUAUUGGUAUUGCAAUGUGCAUUGGACUAUCAGUAGUGGGCGCUGCAUGGGGUAUCUUCCUGACCGGCUCAUCGAUUGUCGGUGGAGGUGUCAAGGCUCCCCGAAUCCGAACCAAGAACCUGAUUUCGAUCAUUUUCUGCGAAGUCGUCGCUAUCUACGGUGUUAUUAUGGCUAUUGUCUUCUCCUCGAAGCUCAACCUCGCAACCGGCGACGAAAUUCAUUCACCCAGCAGUUACUACACCGGCUAUGCGCUUUUCUGGGGAGGAAUCACUGUUGGCGCCUGCAACCUGAUUUGCGGUAUCUCCGUUGGUAUAAACGGUAGCGGUGCUGCUCUGGCCGACGCCGCUGAUCCCAGCUUGUUCGUUAAGAUUCUUGUCGUCGAAAUCUUUAGCUCUGUCCUGGGCUUGUUUGGUCUUAUCGUCGGUCUCUUGGUCCAGGGCAAGGCCACCGAGUUUGGAGCCGCGUAAGGCAGACUUCUCUGCGAGAAGCGUCUUGAUUGACCAAGACAAUCCCAUUUGUACGAAUUCUACUGAUCUCAUUUCUUGGCUUCAAUUUGUCCUUUAUAUAGCGCAUUGAGGCGUUGGGUCCGAUUCGGCUAUU